AUGCCUAUGGAGCAAGUGCAAGCAAUAGGGAACUUCCCAAGACCUUCCAACAACCCAUAUUCCAUGAAUUACAAUACAAGGUGGCGGAAUCACCCAAACUUUUCGUGGACAACUGGGCACGGCAGGAACUUGCCAAGCACUACUGAGGUGAAUCCAAAGGGGAAUCCUAACGAACAGUGUCAGGCGAUUACUUUGAGGAGUGGAACAGUGUAUGAGGGAACAAAUGUGGAAAAGAGCGUCGAGCAGAAGCAAGAUCAACAGGCACCCAAUGAAGAGGACAAGAAGACUUGUGAAGAGAAGGUUAAAGAGAUUCCGCUAGCAAGAGAAGUGGUACCUCCGGUGUCUAUAGAUCAUCACAGAAAAAUUCCAUAUCCACAGAGACUCCAAAAGAACCGUCUUGACAAGCAGUUUGCAAAGUUCUUAGAGGUAUUCAAGAGGCUGCAUAUCAACAUCCCCUUCGCAGAAGCAUUAGAGCAGAUGCCCAGUUACAUUAAAUUUAUGAAAGAUAUUUUAUCAAAGAAGAGAAAGAUGGAGGAUUACGAAACUGUGGCAUUGACCGAAGAGUGCAGUGCUAUUUUGCAGAGGAAGCUUCCACAGAAGUUGAGAGAUCCUGGAAGUUUCACAAUCCCAUGCACAAUUGGUAACUUUGAGUGUAAACAUGCACUUUGUGAUUUGGGAGCCAGCAUAAAUCUCAUGCCUCUAUCAGUAUUCAAAAGACUUGGUUUGGGUGAGGCAAAGCCAACAACUAUUACACUACAGUUGGCCGAUAGAUCACUGGCUCAUCCGAGGGGGAUUAUUGAAGAUGUGCUAGUGAAGGUCGACAAAUUCAUUUUCCCUGCAGAUUUUAUUGUGCUGGACAUGGAGGAGGAUGCAAAUGUCCCAAUUAUUCUUGGGCGACCAUUCCUAGCAACAGGACAAGCUCUAAUAGAUGUGCAAAAGGGAGAGCUGAGGUGGUGUUUAGUGUCUUCAAGGCAAUGA